AUAGUAUAAGUAUACAUACAUACAGUAGCUGGAGUAUAAAAUUUGAUCGUGUGUUUAUCAUUUGGUGACAGCAAAUGUGCUACUGCUUUCGUUAAAGCAAGAACUAGUUUGACUAGUGACGAUUAGCUUCUAUUAAGUUCAUUGAUGAAUUACACGUUUUAUGUUUGUGUAUGUCACGAUACUAACGCACUUACGAAGAGUGACAAAACCAAAUAUUCAUUCAGUGAACGAAGACAAUACUCGAUAAGUAGAUUGCUAAUUUCGGCGUACAGCUACAUCAUAACCAAUGAUCUUGCCAAAUGUACAUACUUGCAUGUAAACUGAUACUAGUGCCAUUUACAUUACUUUCAUCUGUCAGUUUCCAUAUCUUGUGUGUUAAUCAGUGGGAGGUUCUUGCGGCUUAUUCUAGGCAAUACAUUAAGAGCUGACGUAAAAAUAAAUCAAGCGCCUUUAUGAUGUAAAUCUAAUACUGUCUCUAUCAGAAUAAUUAAAGAUAUAAGAUAGCGGUUGUUUACUCGUGUUGAUAAUGUAUGUGUUAAAGUUUUGUAAUCGUCAGACUGUUGGUUACAAGUAUUUAUAAACUAGCUGGAGGAAUUGUAAUUUUGUCCCAAGUGAUCAGUAUAUGAGUGAUAGAUUUUUUUUUUUAAUCUGUUGAUAUAUGGUAUUUGUUUGUUUAUAUGAAAUUAAUACAAUUUCUGGGACAUGCAUCACGAGGCCUACAUAUUGAUAGUAAUUAAUACAAGUUUCUGAACACUUGCUGCUGCAUUGUUGUAAAAAGGAACGUACCUUCAGUUGAUGAUAAUUCACACUGUACUUGGUUUGGGGAAAUGUCAGUUUUUUCUCUCUUAUAUACUUCCAAAAAUUCAGUUUCCUCAAUAUGUGAGAGGAACGUAUUUCCAUAUUUAUUAAGUAUUUCCCUGUAAUAUAAUUAUUUGCAUGAUUAAACAGCUGGAAAACGUUACUUUAAACAAUGGAGGACACAUUGAAAAGUAAACAUCACAGUCGACGGAAAAGGAAAUCUGAAAAGAUGACAGUAAGAGGAUCUACAAAGGAAGACAAUACUGACAGAAGUGGUAGCUGUGUGCUUAAUCAGAAAUGUACAUCUUCCCACAUGAGGUCACCUGUAUUAACCGAGAGCAAUUCUCCUGGGACUGAAAUACAAAAUUGUUCUCAGUUUAUUGAACAUGAACCAUCUGUCAUCUGGGAUUCACCACAAGCUUCACCUAACAGUAGUCAUGAACAGAAUUCCAAGAUAAUUGAUUUAAUUACACCACCACAAGGAAAGUGUCUCCCAACAAAGAAACCUGUCACCAGUAAACCAACAAGGAAGUUGCCAGGAGCAGCGUCUCCUUCAUUUUUGACAAAAUUGCUGGAUCUCUCCGAACAGUACAAAUACAGUGAAAAUGUGCACUCUGAAGAGAAGGAAGAGGAAGACAGUUUGUGUGAUGGAGAGAGUGUUCUUCAUAGUACAUCACCAAACCUUGAUACUGUUAACAGGCAAGAGACUGUUUCAUGCACUUUACUGGUAAAAGAUGAUUUUGGCAUGUUGCUAGAAAAUGAUGAUGAUGAUGAUGUCAUCCUGCAAUGCACCCAGAAAGUGGAAGAGUCAAUAAAUGAAUUGAAACAUAAAAAUUUUGAGCUGCCUAAUGCUUCAUUAUCACCCUGUAACAUCUUUAGAAAGUCAAAUAUGGUUCAGCCAGACGAAAGAGCAGCUUCCAACAAACAUGUUGCAAAUAUGGUGAAGGUACCAAGUGGAAAGAAGGAUGUCAGUUCAGAACUGUCACCAGCACCUAAGCCAAGAAGAUCGAGAACGCCAGGAUCUGCCAAAUAUUACAAAUAUGGCCAAUUUAUAGGCUAUGGUUCCAGAAAGUCCCCAAGAACAAAGAAAAACUUAUCUGAAUCUUUAACUCAUCAGGAAAUCCAUGAUGACUCUCUUGAAAGUGCCCUUCAGACUUUGGUAGAUGAAGAUUAUUCUUUUCUGGACACAUCAGCAGGUAGUGAUGUGAACAAAACAGAAAUUAAUAAAAAAGGCAGUGGCAAAAAGAAAAGUGUGUGUGACAGUCCUACAGAACGAACUGAUGUUACUAAGGUGAAAACUCGUCAGAAUGAUGUAAGAAAUUUGUCUAAUGUCUGUCGCCUAACUUCAAAAACGUUAGAACCAACAAUAAAUGAACGACCAAACACAAAAUCUAGAUUAGGGAAACCCAACAAAAAUUCAUUGGAGAACCAUUGCACUCUUUUAUCUGAGAGUGGAGAUGCAUUCUUUGAAACAGCAGCUUUAGAAGAUGACAUAGUAAAUGAAACUGAAUUGGUGAAUGUAUUGGAAAUAGUUGAAUCUCAGGCAGUUACAAGUUCGCCACCUUUAAGAUGCACACCAGAAGAAAUUCAGAGGAAAAGGAUAGAAGCUAAACAAAAAUUAGCCAAAAAGAAAUUGAAUUCCAAAACAAAAACCUCACUUCCCAGUGUUAUCAAGCCCAAAAGAUAGCAUACUAGUUUAAUUUUAUGGAACAUAAUGAUGAUGGAUAUUCUUUUGUGUAUGCAAUCAUUUUGGAAUAAUAUUUUUGGGUCUCGCUUUUCUGUGCCCAUUGCUGAAAAUAAAUGAGAGACUGUCAUGGUAACCUUCAUACUAUGAUAUUGAGAGCAACAAUAUUUUUACAUUGUUAUUGAUCUGUGAGAUGUUUAAAAACUGUAACAGCAUGUACAAAGUUUUGUGCAACUGCAAAUUACUUCUUAAAAAUACAGUCUUUUCAUAUGUCAUGUUGUGUUGUUACCUGGAGGUAUUUGUAAUUUUUUUUUUAUAUAGUAUGUACAAAGAAAAUAUCAUUAUGUUAAUUAUGGUUUUUUGUUACAGGUGUAUUUUCUAACACUGUACUUGUUGAAUUAAUUCAUCAUUGUUUACUAUAUUCCCUGAUUUUUCUGGGUGUGUGUGUUGGGGGGGGGGGGGGGGCAGUUCCAUAAAUAGUAACCCAGUGCUUUGCUAAAAACAGCUUGUGUUUUCGUCAGCAUUCCAGAGCCCAUUUCUUAUGAAUUCUCAUUUUGUUUCUAGUCAUUAUGAUGAACAGAGUAAUAAAUAUUUAUUCUCAUGAAUUAUUUGUAAUUUUUGUGUAAUGAUAGAAAUAAAACAAGUUCAUACAGAACUUAGCUGGGUACUUGAAUGGCAUAUCAUUAACUGCAGGAAAGAGUACCAUAAGUGAAACAAAUUGAAUGUACUUUAAUAGCUUACUACAAUCUUGAUUUAUAUGUAAGCUCCAAAGUGUUAAGAAAUUAUGCUUUACUAUAAAACUCCAUUGUGAUCUUUAAA